AUGGGAGGAGCCAAUCGCUCUGGAGUAUCAGAGUUCGUGUUCCUGGGACUCACCAACUCCUGGGAUGUCCAGCUUUUUCUCUUUGUGUUCUCCUCCUUGUUUUAUGUGGCAAGCAUGAUGGGAAAUUCCCUCAUUAUCUUCACAGUGGUUUUUGAUUCUCACUUACACUCUCCCAUGUACUUUCUGCUGGCCAAUCUUUCUUUCAUUGACCUAGGGGUUUCUUGUGUCACUAGUCCUAAGAUGAUUUAUGACCUGUUCAGAAAGCACAAAGUCAUCUCUUUCAGAGACUGUGUCACUCAAAUCUUCUUCAUCCAUGUCAUGGGUGGAGUGGAGAUGGUGCUGCUCAUAGCCAUGGCCUUUGACAGAUAUGUGGCCAUAUGUAAGCCUCUUCACUACCUGACCAUUAUGAGCCCAAGAAUGUGCAUCUCUUUCUUAGUGGCUGCCUGGGUGGUUGGCCUUAUACACUCUGUAGUUCAACUGGCUUUUGUAGUAAACUUACCUUUUUGUAGCUCAAACAUGAUGGACAGCUUCUUCUGUGACCUUCCUCGGUUCAUCAAACUUGCUUGUAUAGACACCCGUAAACUAGAAUUCAUGGUCACAACCAAUAGUGGAUUCAUAUCUGUGGGUUCUCUUAUCAUACUGAUCAUUUCCUAUAUUGUCAUCAUAGUCAGUGUUCAGAAACACUCUUCAGGUGGUUCCUCCAAAGCUCUGUCCACACUUUCAGCUCAUAUCUCUGUGGUAGUCCUGUUCUUUGGUCCUUUGAUAUUUAUCUACACAUGGCCUUCUCCUUCGACACACCUGGAUAAGUUUCUGGCCCUAUUUGAUGCAGUUGUUACUCCUUUCCUCAAUCCUGUGAUUUAUACAUUCAGGAACCAAGAAAUGAAGAUGUCAAUGAAGAGAGUAUUCAGACAGCUACUGAGGUAUAGGAGGAUCUCCUAA